CAACAUUAUGGCCCAAUAUUCCAGCCCAAGUUCAAGUUUGAACUUGGUGAGUAAAGAGCCGAAACGAAGCCCCUUUCCUCUGUCGUCCUUUUGGUUCGCGCGACUCCCGAUAGACCGAAGAAGCCACCACUGAUCGACGAAGACGAUACGCCACCAGCUCUCUCUCUCGAUCUCACUCCGGUGUCUGUUGCGUCGGCUAAGUUUGUACCGAGGGUUCAGCUAUUAGUUUUUUGAUUGUUUGGUAGCUUUUUUGUGCCCAAUGUUCAGCCGUUACUGCGUUUUUAUGGUUUCAUUUGUUUUCCAUUGUUUGAGCUCAUUAUAAACUCUUUUUAGUUCUUUCUUCACGAUGAAUUGAUGAAAAAAAUAGUCCGGUUGGGUUUUAUUAUGGUUGCAUUCGAUCACUGUCUAAUAAGCUAUUGGUACUUUUUUCUGUAUGCUAACUGUUUGAUGAAAUGCUUCAUUCGUGGAAUUGUGCUAAAAAUUCGUCUCACUACAAAUUUUUUGUGCUAUAAUCUAAUUUUGGUAACUGUUACUCAUAUUUUCGGAUAUGAAACUUGUAUAGCAUUAUAUGGUAAUUCAAUUUCGAUAAUUCCCUUAACUUGCUGGUUUUGCUUUAUCAAUUUGUGCAGCAAUUCAUUCACUAUUAUCAUGUUUGUGACAAGAGUUUUUGGGAGGACACUGUUUGCUGCAGCCAAAUCAGAAACUUCUGCUGCAGCUGCUACCACUUCUACGGCUAGGACAGGACACAACUCCCUUGAGCAGUUCUUUGAGGCUGAUAGGAGUCCCGAUGAGGACAAACCUGUUGUAUACGGUCGGAGCUGGAAGGCUUCUGAACUGCGGCUCAAGUCUUGGGAUGAUCUUAACAAGUUAUGGUAUGUUCUGUUGAAGGAAAAGAAUAUGUUGAUGUCCCAACGCCAAAUGCUUCAUGCUCAAAAUCUUCGUUUUCCUAAUCCAGAGCGUAUCCCCAAGGUAAGGAAGUCAAUGUGCCGAAUCAAGCAUGUACUUACUGAGAGAGCAAUUGAGGACCCCGAUCCAAGAAGGUCUGCCGAGAUGAAGAGAAUGAUAAAUGCUUUAUGAUGACAUGCAGCUUCUUUGUUCCUGUGGACACCGACUAGCGUUUAUUGGUAGACUGUGGUGUUGUUUGUUUUGCCCUUUUUUCUGUUCUUUUAGUGCUGAGGGAGGAUCCAAUGCAGCUACAGUUAUCUUUUGGCAAUACUGCAGAUACUAGUUAUUUGACAUUAUCUUUACUUUAUGAAUGGACAAAUUGCAAUUUGUUUUUAAAUAU